AUGGAGCUCCAAAAUUCUCCUACAAGGGCGUCAACAGCCCUGUCGCCUACUGCGACAAUUCAUAACCAAGAACCAAAGCUCCAACUCCCAUCCACGACCGACCCUCCAGGGCCUCAGAACCCGCCGAAACCCCUCGUCUGGCUGAUCUUCGGUGCAACAGGCCACAUGGGUCGCUCACUCGUCAAAACCGCCCUGUCUCGCGAUGACCUGGUGGCAGCCGUCGGCCGCACCUUCGAAACAAGUCCACAAGCCAUGCAAAAGCUCGAGGCCGAGCACGAAAACUGCCUGGGACUGCUCUGCGAUGUGCGCGCUCGCGAAACGGUUCAACAAGUCAUUGACCGCACAAUCGAGCGCUUCGGGCGCAUCGACAUCAUCGCCAACUGCGCCGGCUACGGCGUCAUUGGCUCUUGCGAAGACCAAGACGAGUACGACAUCCGCGACCAGUUCGAGACGAAUUUUACGGGGACGCUGAAUAUGAUUCAACUCUCGCUGCCACAUUUCCGCGAGCGUCGGUCAGGGCGAUAUCUCAUCUUCAGUUCGACCUCUGGCGCACUGGGUGUUCCGGGGUUGGGUCCGUAUUGUGCCUCAAAAUAUGCCGUCGAGGGUCUGAUGGAGAGCAUGCUCUACGAAGUCGACAGCUUCAACAUCAAGACCACCCUCGUGGAACCUGGCCACAUGCGUCGUGACGACGUCGGUGAUCUCGUCUCUGCGGAGCCCUUCCCGAGCGCCGAUAGCGUGCAUAACCUGUCCUCUCCGCUACCGCUAUAUGGCCACUUCCUCGUCAAGCCACCAAGCGAACCGUACAACACGCCAACGGCCCCUGCAGCGCAUGCGAAGCGCAUGCUGAUGUGGCUAGGCGACAAGCAGCCCGCUAGCGCGGUCAAGGCGGCGCAUUUGGUCUGGCAGCUGGGUCAUUGCUCGUAUCCGCCGCUGAGGCUUAUCUUGGGGACGUAUGCCGUGGAGAGUAUUCGAGAUCGGCUCAAGUGUAUCAUUGAGGAGAUCGAGGAUUGGAAGUACCUUAGUUUUCCGACAGGGGAGCAGUCGGCUGCCGCUGGUACUGGGAUGCAGCAGGCGAGUCAGCCUGCGUCGAGUAUGCAGGAGCAGGAAGGAUAG